AUGCGUGUCCUUGAGGAUGAAGAGACGACCACCUCCAUCAUGCCCAUCACUGCUCCGGAGGACAUCCUGGAGGAUCCAGUAGCCAUUGAUCGUUUCCCUGCAGAACAAGAGGAUCUUGUUACAUCAUGGCGAUCUGCUGCAAGCAUUUCGACGGCCAUCAUCACUGAGGAUGGAGAAACCAAAGUCAAAUUUGUCACGUGGUUCUUGAACGGUGACAGAUGGCCACGUUGUGAUGCGUAUCGAGUUGUUGCCCUUCCUGCUGAUCUUGAAAGAUGGGAAGCGCUCUUUCGACAACGUUGGCAUGAUCGAGUUGACCCAGCGGCACAACUGCAUGUUUCCCUGGUGUACCCACCGGUCACCCCUGACAACCAUGGCGGACAUUUGAUACUCCAUCAAGGCCUCGGACCAACUGUGAGAGGUACCUUGAUCAGUGUCUUCUGGCAUGGACAAGAUAGUGAACUUAGCAAUCGCUUUGCUCAAGUUGUUCCGCACUGGCUCUCCUUUCAAAGGCCGACAGAGACUGCAGUCAACCGAUCCAACAGAGCUCCUGUUCUGUUGCAACUUUCCAACCUUCUUCAGCGUGAGGUGCUGAGCCAGGAAGAAUCAGCUGAUGAGCCUUCCCUGACGGCAUCAACGACGGUUGCAAUAAGGCUUCGCUCUGGAUGUGACUCCAUUCUUGUUCCGGAGUACAUUGAAUGCUCCGCGCCUGGUGAUUCCACUGACAUUGAGGCUGAGCUCACACAUUGGGGCAUUGCAUGCAAGGCUGUCAGAUUUGGUCCUCGACAUGAAGCUCUUUGCCUUCCAGUGCAGUGGAUUGCCUCCGCAAACCAAUUCCAUUACAUGUUCUGCCAUGAUGAUCCCAAGGAUGAUGAAGGUACCUUCCUUCACACAUCUGAGGUUGCCCUCGAUGACCUGGGUCUCAUGCAGUUGCUUUACAAACUUGGAUAUUGCAGAGCGGCCAUCCUGGACACCGAGGAACCCAUGCCCCAGUUCUUCCGGAUCAUCUUUCGUGACGUUGUCCAACAACAUGCGGUCAAACCUGAGAAGCAUAAGGCUCCCUCUCCAUGGCCGGCACCGCUCUGCUGUAACAGGGAGAACAGGCCUUUCUUCACUCCAAAAGGCCACAUUGAGGGCAAAGAUGAUUUUCUCCUCCGGUUUGGCAUCACAAUGACCGACAUUCAUGCCUUUUUUGCGUCGGGCACGGACGUGCUUUGUCGAGAUCCUGCAGGACUUGAUCUCCCUGAAAGCACCAUGCAGGCCAUGCAUAUGAGCGAGACCACGAAUCUUGCCAGUUUUGAUCGUCUGAUCAUUUACACGGACGGCUCAUCUCUUCCUCUCCAUCGUCAUCGACCUGCUGCAUGGAAUGAGGAGAAAGGCCUUGGGGACACGUGGGCCUUUGUUGUACUUGGUGAGCGAUCCCUACAGCAGCCUCCGGUCAUUGAAAUCAUUGGCUGGCUGACACAUCCUCGGGAUGGUCUUCCUUCAUGGAGUGCUGCUGGUUUCCAUGUCCCUCCUCCUUUGCUACCUUCUCUACAUGCCACUUCUGAUUCAAAGGAGGACAAGCCAAACUUUGAUCAGUGUGCCCAGAUCAAUAUCAGUUUGGCUAGUGCAAACAUUGGAUCGAUGUACAAUGGAGAGUGGGGGCAUGCGGGCAAACUGGACUAUCUCAGAACACAAUUUAAAUUGCUGCACCUCAACUUCUUGGGUCUUCAGGAAGCCCGCACACCUGAACUGUGCUCACGAGCCCAGAAGAUUCUUCGCUUUGCGAGUGGGCCCUUGAUGGAUGCCUAUGCGAUGAUGAGCAAGGGACCUGCCUUCUUUGAAGCGCAUCACUUUGUCGUUGUGCACAAAGACCCACGUUGCCUGCUUCUUCAUGUUGUCACUGAAUGGGUUGACUUCUGGCUGGUUGUUGGGCACGCACCACAAAGUGGAGUUCCUCUGUCCGAAAGGGCUGAAUGGUGGGAACAACUGAAUAAGAUCACUGCACUUUGUCCUCCCACAGCUCGCCUUUUUGCUCUUUUGGAUGCGAAUGCGGGACCAGGACAGGCAGAUCACACAUCAGUCUUCAACACCAUUGGCAGCACCACAUCGGGCACGCCUCUAUUGAGAGCCUUUCUGGAAGAUCGAGAACUUUGCCUUCCCUGCACAUCAACAUGUCAUGAAGGUCCUCAUACGACGUGGGUCACACCAGAUGGAAUGUCUGAACAUCUGAUUGACUACAUCGCGAUUCCGAAGGCCUGUCUACAGGAGUGCCUUUUGAGCAAGGUCCUUGAUGAGUUUGACUUGGGCAACAGUCACCACGACCACAUGGCCAUUGCUCUCCAACUACAGUGGAAGGAAACUGGUCCUUCAACCUCCAUAAUGAAGCGAUCUUCGAAGGCUACCAUUGAUUUUGGACAGCUUCAAGGUGCCCAUGUGAUGCAGGACACUUGGAAUCUUCGUACCCAGAAACUUAUAGCAAGACGAGGGCUCCGUCAGAUUGCACGUCGCCAUCGACAAGAACUCCUGCGUGCUUGCUUUCAGUCCUGGGCUACCACUUCUGACUAUGACAUUGAGGGCUUCUGGACAUACCGAAGAUGGCUUCUGUGUGCGAAUGUCAAACUAAUGGCCAGAUUUCACACUUCAGCGGCCCAUCUUAAGAAGAAGCUCAGAGACAGGAAGACGGCCUAUCUCAAACAAGUCUUUGCGGAUUUGCCCCCAGAUGCACCUGCUUCUUCGAUCCUGCAUGCACUCAAGAAGGUCGUGGGCUCGACAAACUUGAAGCAGAUCAAGCAGCAGACGCUUCCCUAUGUCAAGGAUUCAUCUGGCCAACACUGUACCUCACCAUCUCAAGCGCUGGAUACUUGGAUCCAGUUUUUCCAGAAUAUGGAAGGUGGUCGAAGAGUCAAUCGACAGGAGCAACGUCAACUCUGGAUCAAGAAUCUUCAAGCUUUCCAGGCGACAUCCCUGGACCUGAUGAUUACAGAUGUUCCAUCAUUGGUUGAACUUGAGGCGGCCUUCAGGCAUGUCAAGCCCAACAAGGCAACGGGCCCUGAUCUCAUUGAUGCCAACGUCUGUGCGAGUUCUCCGGCUAUCGUGGCCCGCAAAACCUACAGUCAGUUGCUCAAGCUGUACACACAUGGUCAAGAAAGUCUCCUGCAUAAAGGUGGUCGGCUUCAGCCGAUCUGGAAGCAGAAAGGCCCUCGAGACGCCUGUUCUGCUUAUCGCAGCGUGCUCAUUUCAUCGCACAUAGGCAAGUCAUUGCAUCGCUGCCUGCGUUUGCAUUCAGCCGAUGUCUUUGAGCACUAUUUGCAACUGCAGCAAACUGGCGGCAUGCGGGGCAUUUCUGUCACGAUGGGAGUGCAUCAGGCGAGAUCAUACCUUCGAACACGGCUUCGACAGCGCAAGUGCGUGGGCUUAUUGUUCUUAGACCUGACUGAAGCAUUCUACCGCAUUGUCCGCCAGUUGGCUCUUGGGGGCCCACCGGAUGAUGCCGCCAUAGUUGCUGUUGGUGAUCGCCUGCAACUGGGGCCUGACCUCCUUCAUGCUCUACAUCAACACCUGGAGGAUCAGUCGGCUGUCGAGCGAGCUGGCCUUUCACCACAACUUCAGAAGAUGAUGUCGGACAAUGGCAUUCUGGACAGCUUUCCUGCCGAAGAUGGACUGCGACUUCCUGCAACUGAUGUGUCAGAAUGUGGUACGCAGUCUUUCCUAGGGCCCACCUGGAUGGACGACACCUGCAUUGCCUUUGCUACGGACUCCGCAGUGACGCUGGAACAGGCUGCAGGACGAGUUGGAGGGUCUCUUCUUGGGCUGUGCGCUGAAUUUGCCAUGAGCCCCAAUUUAGCCAAGGGGAAGACGGAGCUCAUGAUGGUCUUCCAAGGGAAAGGAGCCACCCAGGCCAAGCUCAAAUAUUUUGGGCCAAGCUCCCCUCAGACGUUUCCCAUCAUUUUGGAAGAUGGAAUUCAACAUUUAAGUGUUGUGAGUUCUUACACUCACCUUGGCAGCACCAUUCAUCAUCGUGGAGAUCUUCGUCGUGAAGUCCGACGCCGUCUUGGUUUGGCACAUGCUGCUUUCAACCGCCACAGAAAACUUUUGUUUCAGAAUCGCGGCCUGGAUCUUUGCCGACGCCGUGAGUUGUUUCGUACACUGAUUCUGAGCAAAUUGCUUUAUGGGGCGGAAUCUUGGACGCUUCGAGAUGGCAAGGACAAGCAUUACUUGCACAGUGCGUUGAUGCGGCUUUACAACCGACUUCUUCCUGUGCAACAGCAUCCUCCCCGAAGCGACGCAGCCAUUUUAGCAGACACUGGACUCCCUGAUCCUGCCGUUCUUCUACGAGUUUGCCGCCUUCGACAUUUGGGCCAGCUGUAUGGCAAUGGUCAUAGAACGUCCUGGGGGCUUUUCAAUGAUGAUUUGGAGUGGCAGGAGCUGAUUUGGUGUGAUCUGAAAUGGAUGUGGAAUCAAUUGAAACAUUCCUCACAACUCCCUGAUCCCCUGCAAGGGUUCCAGCAAUGGGAGUACCUCAUGCGACAUCAUCCAGGUUUUUGGAAAAGAUUGAUCCGCCGAGCCGGAGAUCAUGACAGUGGACAGCGACGCAACCUGCAUAUCGUGACCGAGUUCCAUGGAGAAUUUCUGAAGAUUUUGCAGGAUCAUGGGCAUUUAUUUUCUACAUCGCAGUGCGGAGCCUGCAUGAAGGAAUACCACACGUUUGCCAAGUUGAAAACCCAUCUUUUGCAAGUGACGGCAUGUCGCCAAAUCCUGCAAGCACAACGGCUUCGUUGGCAACCCAUGCCUGGAGCUGGCUCUCAGAUCAAUGCAACUAUGGAAGCUGCCCAUGAUGGACUUCUGCCGCCAUUGAAGGUGCAAGGGCCACUACUUGAACGACCUCAUGGACGUGCAGACGAGGACUUCGACCAGGACUUUUUGGAGAAGAUCUUCAUUGACAUUGUGGAUGCAGAGAACAUUGCGGAGUGUGAAAGAUUGAUUCGGACAGCAGCUCGAGAGACAGUCCUUUCAUGGUCGACCUUCCAGGCCACGCUUGAGCGCUUUUUGGAGCUUUUCACUGAUGCUGACGCGGCAGUUUUGCGGGUUCCAGGUGAUGAGUUGCGCCAUCUUCUAGUCACCUUGCGGUCUCCCCACGCUUGGACAUUUUUGACCUCGGAUGGCCGUGCCAAAACCUCACCGUGGCAUUUGGAGAUUGCCGCCUUGGAGCAGCACUGUCUACGUCUCUGUUUGGCCCUUGCCAGAGGAUUCCUUCGAGCCAUUAGCGAUGUCCCAAUCAACCCUGAAUUUCAGGUCUCCCGGCACUAUAGUGACAUUUUUGGUCCUUUGGUGUGUUCUGCAUUUGGGCAGACAUACGGACCCGACUAUGCCGGUUGA